UCGUCUCCAUCUUAUUGAAAUCUCAAAAACCGGUUUGUUAACCACAGUAUCACAAAACCGGUACGAUUUUAGUCUUAAAACCGGUUCAAUUUACGUGGUAAACCCAACCCUGGCUGGCUUCUUCUCUUCUUCGUCACUACCCUCUGCGCCGCGCUCUCUCUCUCUCUCUCUCUCGAUCUUUCUGUUACCUAAGCCAGCAAAGAGCUUCUACGAUCUUCCUCCUGUGGUUUCGCUUCUAAAAGUAGAGUGUACAGAAGCAAUGGCGAGCGGUGGCGGCAGCAGCUUGAGAGAGCCACCGAACGAGCAAGCGGUUCUGAACAUGUACGAGUCCAUGAGAUCAGAGCUGAGCCAGAUCUAUUCCAACAUCACCGACCUCGAGAUGCAAGUCAGCGAACACUCUCUCGUCAUCAACGCAAUCCAGCCUCUCGACCAGUCUAGGAAAUGCUUCCGCAUGAUUGGAGGCGUUCUCGUGGAGAGAACCGUCAGAGAGGUCCUCCCAGCUGUCCAGCGCAACAAGGAAGGGCUCGAGGAGGUUGUGAGGAAGCUUUACGAGACGUUGGAGAAGAAGAAGAAAGAUAUGAGUGAGUUUGAAGCUAAGUAUCAGAUCAGGCUAAGGAAGCAGGACGAUUCCAAGGAAGAGGGUAAUAACAAAAAGGAAGGUAAUGCUCAAGGUGUUCUUGUCGGCGCUGCUGCUGCUGCUGCCACUUCCAGCCAGUAAAACUUUCUUCCUUCUUUAUAACUCUUGUAUCUUCUUUAAUGGUGUUUUGCUAAGAGUUUCUCUGGAAUGUUUUGCAUGUUACGAAACUUAGUAGACUGGAGACUUGCCAAUUUAUAAAUCAGUUUUGUGUUA